ACAUGCUUGAGCUUAGAUGCCUUUAAUCCCACCCUCAUGGAGGGGGAGAAAGGAAACUGCAGGAGAGAUGUGAGCGACAAGCAGAGCUGCCAGGAUUUUCCCUAAUGGAGGCAAGAAGAGAAGAUGGUGAAACCUUGCAAUUUCAAGGAGCACUGGGAAAGGAAGAGAAGACACGCAGGAAUGACGGGCUGCUUGGGUCCCAGGAGAACUGGUGCUGAUAGGAAAAGGUGUGUGCAGAUGGUGAGGCUGAAACUGGAAACUGGAGGGGAGGAGAAGUGAUCACAACAACACUUCCGGAGCAGCCUCUCACUCUGGAUUGGAGAAGGCGAGCUGCCAGGAGGUAUUUCUGGCCCCAGAGAAGGGCAGAAGGUUCGAUUCCCUGCAAGCCACUGAGAGGAGUGGCUGAGCGUUCCUGCAAGAAGCUAUUGCUGAUCCUACCAGAGAAACGCUGCAGGAGUGACCAAAAGAAGGAGGCAGGUGGAGGCUGGCCUACACAAGGAUUCUGAUAAGUCCUGGAGCACAGUGAUGGCUGAGGAUCUGGGAGACAAGCAAGGAAAACUGCUUUUCUCAGUUUGAUACUGCGUUUCAACUUCCUCUUCAAAUUCCGGAAAACAAAGCACAAUUCUUCUCUGUUUACCUCUUUUCAAUGGUCUCUCCUGGGAAACAGCCAAAGAAGAUUAAGCAAAGGUUCUCCUAUGUUGCCAUGAGUCAGCCUGGCUACUUGUUGGCCCAAGCAGGGCAUCAGCCAUGUUCUAUGUCAGCAGAGCAACCAUUUUCCAUGCUGAUAGAAGUGGAAGGUGACAGAACUGUUUGACACCUAGAAGGUCUACCAGGUCUGCCAGGAAUGCAGGGAUUUGUUCCAGUUACUUCUCCUUGGAAACAAAUUAGUAAAGUGGAGCUUGGAGUAGUAGCACCAUAAGCCUGCCUAGUGAGGCACCAAUACAGGAAAGAAUAUGCUGCCUCUUGAAGAUGAAAUGGUUUGGAUAUAUCAGCUGGGCCUGGCUUGCACUGUGCCAUCUGUCUUCCUCUCUACGGCAGGUGCUGAUAGAAUGAACACACUGAGGCGUGAGCACAAAAGAGCUGAACCCCACAUCUAGUAGUCAUGCUCCAGAAAAGACUGUGGUACUUUCGCAGGUGGUGCCGUUGUUCUAACCCCCUUGUCCAGCUCCUCACAUUGACUGUGGUGACAUUUGGUGUGCUGGCUCCUUUGGCUUGUCAUCGGCUGAUCCAUUCCUAUUUCUUUUUACGACGCUGGCACCUGAACCCCGUGAGCCAGGAAUUCCUGAAGCAGAACCAGGAGGAGGGUCAAGCUGCCCUCCAUUACUUUGAGGCCCUGCAGGCUCCAAAUUCCUCAGAGAUUUCAGGUGCCGAGCCCCUCAGGCCACGCCUGCUGGUCACCAUCAUCACUGUGCAGAGACGGAAUGAAUACCAUUACGUCCUGCAAGUGGCAUCCCACUUCCACCGCCUCCUCCAGAAGUGCGGGUCUGGCUGCCAGAACUACCGGAUCUUCCUCUGUAAUGUGGAUAUGGACCCCAGCAGCCACCAGGAUGUCCAGCUGCUGAGCAACUUCUUCACCACAGUCAACCGCUACAGAAAUGGGGAGGACCCUGAGGCCUCAGUAAACCAAUUUGAAAAGGAGAAGCGGGACUAUGCCUUCUGCCUGGAGCAGUCAUUGCUGGCCUACAAACCAGAAUAUGUCCUUCUGGUGGAAGAUGAUGCUGUUCCAGAGGAGGAUAUAUUCCCUGUCCUGCAGCACCUCCUGCUGGUACGACUCCCAAAGCCACACCUCAGAGAUGCUCUCUACUUGAAACUUUACCACCCUGAGAGACUUCAGCACUACAUCAACCCAGAGCCCAUGAGGAUCCUGGAGUGGUUUGGGAUGGGCAUGCUUCUCGGUCCCCUGCUGAGCUCCAUGUACUCCUGGGCAUUUGGCCGCCCAGCUGUUAGCUGGCUCAUUAUCUUCUUUUUUUUCUUGUACACUAUGGCAUUGGCUGAGUUGGUGGGGCGCCACUAUCUGCUAGAGCUGCGCCGGCUAUCUCCUGCCCUCUACAACCUAGUGCCUGUCACUGAGUGCUGCACGCCAGCCAUGCUGUUCUCUGCCCCAUCUGCCCAUCGUGCCUUACGCUACCUGAAGGAACUGUACUGCCACCAGGGCUUUGCCAAGGACAUUGCUCUCUACUCCCUGCUGCGCCCCCAGGGUGAGAGGGCCUAUGUAGUGGAGCCAAACUUGGUCAGACACGUGGGGAUGUUUUCCAGCCUUAGGCUAAAUAACAACCCAAAGCUGCUGUGACCCACUGAAAAAUGCCUUUAAGGCUGCAGCCCACACAAAGCCUUGUUAUUUGCCAGAGAUACUAUAUGUGAUGCUGGCUUUUGUGCCAGUUACAAGAGUACUCACAACUACCUGUGCCUCCUUCUGGAAGGAAAGUAUUUUCUUUUUUAAGAAAGUUUACUUAAAUAUAAACAAAUCUAUUUAAACUUUUCAAUGGUUACCUUAGAAUUGAGAGGAAGGAAGGGAAAGGCUCUCAGGGAAAGCGUGGAUAGUUUUGCUCCUCUCUAGGACCUCAUCCAGCCCAUUAAAACACCACACCCUCCUCAUUCAUACCUCCAAAGGUGGUGUGAAUGUCUGCUUCACACAUGAGAGAGAGCAGAUUCUCCACAUAGGCCUUUAUCCUUCAACUGGAGGAGCCCAGGGGAGCUUGGUCAUUAAUUUAAGUGGGGGAAAACCCAUAAAACUGGGCUUUGAUGUGCUGCCACCUGUUUUCCUUUGGCAUGGAUUUUACAUGCUGGUCCAGUUUGCUUCAGUGGGAGGCUCCAGCAUGAUCAUGCUUUGAUGCCUCAUUCCAUGGCAAGAGAAGUAAAGGAAAGAUGCAGCAGGGCAUCACUGCACCAUUAUUUAGUCUCAUGGUGCAGUUAGAUAUAGGUAACAGCCGCAGCUGAGAGAUCCAGGAACAGCUGGGUGCAGUCAUAAGAGCAAACUUCCACAAUGCAUCACAUUUAAAGGGCCAAAAUUGAAUUGACUUGUUAAUUUGCUGUAAUAUGCUGAUCCACCCAAUGGUGAGGGGGUGGAUGGUUGCCAGAAGCCAGCUGCUUUCUAGCAGAGCUGUGCAUUAUAUAUUCAAUUAAGAACAAAAAACACACUAGAAUUAGGAUCCUGGAGAUUGGUUAGUAAUCCAGACUGGUUACAGAGGAUUUUGCACUAGCCUACCGCAAAGUCCACAAAAAUUAAUGGUGUCUUUUUAUUGGACUUCAUUGGACUUUACAUCAGGGCUGUAUGAGUAAACUUGGGUCCAGCUAUGGAUGGAAUUUGGCUGAACUGUAGUAUCAUCUUGAAAUUAUGUGCAAAACCUCAAUUUUCCUGAUUUCCUCAGUGGGACAUAUUUUGGAGGGAGGAAGCAGAGAGGAAUUCCAAUGUAAGUUCUUUUUCUACUUUGUUUGAACCUGAAGCUUAUAAACAAAAGAGACCGGGCAUGAGCCAAUAUGGAAUGAAACCAAGGAAAAACUGUACAGCUCCAGUUGCCAGCCCAUGAUGCUUAUUUGAUCUGUAAUGUAUAAGGAUAACACAACUGGUCAGAGGAGGUCACUGUGGGUCCUGGCAGAUGUUACAUGUAUGGUGCAACUAAUGUGCUAAUCACACCAUAAAUGAAAGCAUGUCACACGUUCAGCCAGUUUAUGAUACCACAAAAUGACAAACCAGCCACAAAGAUGUUUUACGUGCAGAUUGUCAGCAAGGGGACCAGAACAGCUGGAAUUGGAUUUGGGCUGUCCAGGGAGUUCUGCAAAUGCCAGGUAGGCGGACUGACUCACCACACCUGGCACUAGCAGAGCCACGUGCCUGGCAGACUAAUUCAGAGCUACACUGUGUGGCUUUCAACUGGCCACUGCACCUAGAGCCAGGGAUUGGGAUACUAGGUUCCACAUGUGCCAGCAAAUUUAAAGAGCACCAUUGACUGCAUCAGCACCACAUGAUUGGGAUCCAAUCCCUGAUCACCACAAUUGCAUGUCCUGCAGUGCACAGGUGGCAUGGCUAGAUGCACAAUUGUUGGGAUCUGGGAUCAGAUUCCAGUGUACUAUUAAACUAAUUUCAGUCAGGGGCCUAGAACAUGGAGCAAUGCCAGCUCAGGCAAACAUGCUUUUCAAUAGAGGAUGUAUCAGAAACAAAGCAAACAAAAACAAUAUAAAUACCAUGUGAAAGUCCCAAAGAUCCCAUACAGUGAUCAUGCAGCCUCUACCCAGAUGGAUGGUAAAAUCCUGUGUAACUCUGGAAUUUGGAUGUCAUUGUAAGUAUGUUUCACUAAGUGCCUGGAUGUGCAGAUAGUCAGACAUAUGACUAUCUAUGCUGCCUCAAGUCUUGAAUAUUUCAUAAGUGGGGUGGUCUUGAAUAUUUCAUAAGUGGGGUAUUUUCUUCCUUGUACUGUAUAAAUCCAGAACACACUAUUGUACUUUGAGGGUUUAAUUCAUGCUUGCACUUGCAAAGAAAACCCCACAGGGUAUAAAAGUGCCAGAUAAUAAAAAGGAACCAAAUGCCAAUGCAUAAUUAAUAAGUGUUAUGUUGUAAGAAGCCACUGUUCAUUUCACCACUGUGUUACUUUUUCUUCAUUUCCGUUAUGGGUGCAAUGCAAGGCCAAAUGAACGUUAGUUCAAACUCCUUAAACAUGAAACAAAAAUAAAAAGCCAAAGCUUGGCUGGAUUGAAACAUUUGGGGGCAGAGGAAGAACUGAAGAAUUGGUCCGCUGUAUUUUCCUUAAUCCAAUAUGACUUUGAAUUUAUGAUGUUACCCCCAGUACUUAGAUUCUAUACAUGGAAAAUGUAUAAAUGUGUUAUAAUUUCCCAUGU